AUGGUCCGGGGUCGGCCUCCACUUCCGAGAGCAGGAGUGGGCGCUUUGGCGCUUGGGGCUUUGCAGCUUCCUGGGCUUCGCCGUCCGCAUGAUGGUGGGGACAUCGAUGCUGAAGUGGGGCUUCUGGCCGUGCCUUCCCAUCUGUGUGGUCCACCUCUUGUGUUUGAUCCCCGUCAUCAUGAACCCAAAUUGGGAGAUGGCUGUGAUGCUACAGAUGAUCGCCUUGCUGGGCUUCGAUUCGCAACUUGCCAACGACUUCUUGGUCUUCUACAACUUCCGAAGCUCCCAGGCCCUUGCGUUGCGGGCAACAUCCCAGAAGCUGGCAUCAUUGAGCGGUGCUACGCUUCCGGCUCCACCUUUGGAGGAGUGAUCUUCGACUUGGGCUGGCCUGGGAUGGUGGGAUACCAUGUCGCGUUGCAGUCCUUGCAGCUCUUCCUCUACGCCACGGAGCCAGCCGUUUGGAACUCCUACCGUGAAGCCAUGCAAGGCUGCUGCUUCUGCUGCUGCUGCUGCUGCCGCAGGCGAAGCCAGGACCAGGUCGUCCCAUUUCAACUGGAAGUUGAGAAAGGCACCCCGGGCCCGGCUCCCACAGGCAUCGUGCCGCAGCCCGACUCGGCCCAUCUUCAGGUCCCAGGUCCGAGCGGGCACGGCGGGCAUGGGCAUGGCCGCAUCUCCUUCAUGUCACAGGGCAGCGAAGCUUCUGCGCUGAAAGUUCAGGCGCAGCUCUCCUUGAUGUCCCGAUCCUCUUUCAGCUCCAAGGCGUCGGCCCUCUCGACCCUAUCCCAUGGGAAGGUGGAGAAGGCAGAGACUUUAGACCUGAACACUGAGCAGAAGGGCCUGCCACGUGACCUUUGUUUCCCGGCCUUCCUCAUCUGCCUGGCGCCUUCAACCACCAGAUGA